GCAGUUCUGUGGGGGAGUUACCGAGUCUCGGGCUGCAGUAACAUCACAGCGCAUUCCACAGCAGCCCAGAGCUGCCAGCGUCUUAUUAGGAGCAGAGGACUGUACGGCAAAACCACUCGACUGUAGGCUGUCCAAAAACUGUCAUCUGCUCUGCCGGUUCAGAAGAAGAAAAUACAGAGGAAAAAGAGGCUAUGCUAGGUCUCGGUCUCAGUGCCGCGGGUUAACUUGAUAUGGCACAUGCAUCGCUGAAGAUGGUCAAUUUCUGAGUCAGCGUGUGGUGAGCACACUACAGAGUGGAAAAAAGAAAAAGACAGCUGCUUUUGAUCGCCCCAUCACGUGAGGCCGGCCUACCAGCAUGUCCGCAGAGACGGAGUCCAGCACGCCUCCGGCCGAGCAGGCGCCCGUGAAAACACCGUCCAAGAAAGAGAAGAAAAAGACUGCAGCCAGUCCAGAGAAAACAGAUGAGUUCCUGCUAGCCAGGUUCAAAGGUGAUGGCGUUCGGUACAAGGCCAAGCUCAUCGGAGUGGACGAUGUGCCAGAGGCCCGAGGGGACAAAAUGAGCCAAGACUCCAUGAUGAAACUGAAGGGCAAGGCGGCAGCUGCUCGCUCUCAGGGCAAACACAAGCAGAGAGUGUGGGUGAACAUCUCUCUAUCGGGAAUCACCAUUACGGACGAGAAGACAGGGGCAGUGGUGCUGGAACAUGCGGUGAAUAAAAUCUCCUUUAUUGCUCGUGACGUGACUGAUAAUCGAGCAUUUGGCUAUGUGUGUGGCGCCGAGGGCCAGCACCAGUUCUUCGCCAUAAAAACUGCACAGCAGGCGGAGCCUCUUGUCAUUGACCUGAAGGAUCUCUUUCAGCUCAUCUUCAACAUGAAGAAAAAAGAAGCAGAGGGCUCAAAGAAGGAAGAACCAAAUAAAGUAGUAGAGAAUGGCAGCGAAGCUUCACACACCAACGACAGAAAAGGCGUUGAACAGCUGGACUUGUUUGGAGACAUGUCGACCCCGCCAGACUUACAUUCUCCCUCGGAAUCUGAGGACAUCCUCUUAUUGGAUCUGUCCACUGAGAUAGACAGCAACCAGAACUGUGUGAAGGGCAAUCCCUUUACCAGCUCCUCCUCUUCCUCUGCCCUCAGUGUCCAGUCCAGCCUCUCGCCUGAAAACCCCUUCUCCUCCCAGCUCAGCUUCUUCCCCACCCCCAGCCAUGAUCCCUUCAGCGACGACCCCUUCUCCAAAAGCGACAACCAAUCAGCGACUGCUGCGGUCAAUCACAGCUCCAGUCACUUUUUCAAUGGCGGACCCAAGAACGGCGACUCCGACUACCUGGCCCAGCAGUUCGACCAGCUCUCCAACAGGACAGUCAUCCAGGCGCUAAGUAACGGCCAAUGGCCACUAGAUGGCAGAGCAGCAGACAUGGGUGCCUGGACUCAGAAUGACAUACCAGUCAGAGAGCAGAACGGCCACAAUGGAAAGGUAACACCAAACCCAUUUUUGGAGGCUGCUGAGAAGAACCAGCCAGUUCAGAAUGGAGUGAAGCUUGAGAACGGAAGCAAGCCAGAGCCGGCUGUCAAGCAGGCCAAAGAUUCGGUCAUCAUAAGCCCACCUCCGCUCAACACAAAAGCUGGCCGGGGAAGGAGGGCUAUGAAGUCCCCAACGAAUGAAAAAGCUGGAGCGGAUCCGUUCACUUCACCCAACCAGUCGGAAUCGCCAUCUCCUCCUCAGCCAGACAGCACCCCAGCCAACUCUGUCCCUUUUUUCAACAAGAGCCCCAGCAGCUCCUCAGACACCCUCACAGGCCUUGGAGGGUUGUCUAUUGGACCCUCGUCUUCUGCCUCCACUCCUGGUGCAGCCCCAUGGAGCCAGCCCCUCCCAUCCAUCUUGCCCUGCAACAACAGCGUCUCCCAGCCUUUUGCUCAGCCUCCGGCCUUCUCCACCUCUCCAGUACCCAACUGGGGAAGCAACUCUGGAGUUUUUGGGACCUCCCCCACCCAGCAACUUCCAUCCUGGGGCCAGGCCACCACUCCUGUUUCUAAUGGAUCCUGGGCCCAGAACUCCACCCUGGGGAACCCCUUCCAGACCAGCAUCUUUCCUCCAUCUUCAAGCCUAAUUGCUGGGAGUCAGCAAAGCUCCAGCCCUCCUCCACAGAUCCCACCUCGUACAGCACCUGCUAAAGAGCCCCCUAAGAUUGACAGUAAUGCCUUUGUAGACUUGGAUCCCUUAGGAGAGAGGGAGAAGAGGGAUAUCAAGGAUAUGUUCAAGGAUUUCCAAAUGGCUAAACCACCCAAUGCUCCAUCUAAAAAUGAGCCGCUAAAAGUAGGUGGCCAGAACCUUUUUGAUAACCCUUUCGGAGCUUUUGGAGCACCAACACCCGCUACAACUGCUCCUGCUAUCAAGGCCAUAGGAUCAGAUCCCUUUAGAGACCCAUUUGGAAACCCCUUUGCAUGAUGGCCGUUCAUGUCCAUAGGCCUGAAAGGCUCAAGGGCUCCCACUGAAACACAAGCUUUCCAUACAAAAGUGCAACCAGUUCCAGAGCAGAUCUCCAAGCCCUGAUGUCACUUUCAUCCAUUAGUUCCCAAACUGCCAAAGUUCCAUGGAGCCCUUCUCCUUUACCGUACCCUGUAUUCACUCUACACAAACACAGCAAAGUAGCAUACAGUCUGAGAUGAACCUUCAUGACCACAUCUUCAUGACCACAUCAGCCUAAAAAGUGUAACCUUACAUGUACGCUGUCAUGACUGGCAAUGGCAGUUGCUUUGGAUUACCUGGCACUACACCAGUGGUUGUGGUGGCCACUGCCAAAAAAAGCACAAAGUCAACCAGAGGAGACAAAUGAAGUUCUCAUUGCACAAUUAAUAGUAAUGGAAGAAAACUUUCUUUGAAGAUGACUGGACAUACAAGAGCAUGCCUUAGAUCACUCUUUUGUUCUUCAUUGCAGUAUUAUUCCUUGUGUCUUUAAUUUCCUUUUAUGCUUUUUCCUUUCAAGAUGCUUGAUCAGUUUACAUUUAUCGUAGAUUGCGCCUGAUUGGUCGCAGUGGCAUUUUAUGACAAACUUAUUUAGUGGUAUAGAAGCAGCAUUGCCUCUUAUCAGUUAUGAGAAUUAAAUGAUACUUGCUUUUCAUUAGCCAGUCACAAACUGCUUGGUUCCCCAAUGGAUUAUAUAUAUAUAAUAGCAAACUUCUGAAUACCAGCUGACAUGAUUAGUUUUGAUGAUGGACUCUGGACAGACAAAUAACGUCACUCCUAUGGAGGUGGUGGGUAAAUGGACAAGCUUUUCCUGGCAGUCUGCUUUAUAUUGGUGACGUGCAUUAAAAUAACUGUUCAAAAGUUUGGAACCAUAUUCAUGAUUUUUGUUAUUUUACGUACAAUAUGAUUAGGUUGGAUUUAAAGGGGGAUGCUAUUACUUUUUUCAAAAUUCUGCUUAAUGCAACAGUUGAGAUGUAAGCAAAGUCAGAGUGAAAAGGUGCAUUGUAGAAAAACUUACAAACUCAGAUUUCACAGUGGUGAUAAUAGUAUCCAGGAUUCACAUUUUAUUCAUAGUCUAAAAUGAACAGUGAAGCUACACGUGUCUUAUUAGUUUUACAUGUAAUGUUGAUACUGGUAAAACAGUAGCAAAUCCAAGAUAUUAAGCUUUCUCUUGGUACGAUUAUGCCUUACAAAAUGUACUUCUUCACUACGAAUGGAUUUUAAAAGAUAAAUUUUAAGUCAAAAACUAUAAUAAAACAGUGUCUCAGGCAUCAGACAAUGUAGUUGCAACUGUUUUGUGUAAUAACUUUCUUUGAAGGAGCUUUUAGAGGCAUUAAACUCUUCAGAUGUCUGGUUCCUAUCACCACCACAACAAUUCUGAUUCUGUAAGUUUAACUAGAAUGGCACAUUUUUCAAAUCAAACCACUCUGAAUGACUUCAUUGCAUCUUAACUAUUUAGUUUGGAAUUUAAAAAAGGUGGAAUUCCUGUUUCAGUAUUAUGAACUAAACUCCAGUGUGUAUUUUUAGAUGUUUUAUUCAAUAUUUUGGAAAAAAAAACAUAAUUAUUUUAAAAAAAUAUUUAAUUAAGUUACCUGCCUCAAGAUUUGCCCAACACCUUUGAAAUGUAAGGCAUUCUGGAUGUCAGUUUUCUAAAAAAUGUCAUUAAUUUUGUCAGUCAUUAUAGAAUCAUCGACCGCAGUGUUUCUCAACCUUGGUCCUGGAGGCUGCUCUGCACAUUGUGCUGCUUUCUCUGCUUUAUCACACUCACUUUAACCAAUAAUGGGCUGUUAAAGAGCUGAUUAGUUGGAUCCGGUGUGUUGGGAGCAGGGAGAACACUAAAACGUGUGGGGCAGUGGACCUCCAGGACCAGGGUUGAUAAAUGCUGACCUACUGCUCAUCAUUCUGGACACAUCCAGGCUUGACGGGAAGACUAAAUCGUAAGUGGGGCAUUUGAAAACAUUGAGGGGGUAUCCAUGUACCACAAGUCACAUAUUGUUCAGGAGAGCCACAUUUACAGCAAUUCACCAGAGGUCACCCCAUUUAGGAAAUGUGCUCUCUUCUCACAACAUAUAGCGCAUCCCUAUAAUGCAGCCAAUACAUCUUAUUUUUUUUCACAGCUUCCUCCUUAUUGUUUGAGACCUGCGAAGUGAUACUAGAAUCAUUUUAUCUGGAACCAUCUAUCAGAAUCAUUGAUUCCAAGCUAUUGAAUGGUCAUACACAGCAUCUCAGCAGUCUUGAUGGCAUCUGUUCCUGCUGUCCUUUGAACUUGAUCCUUUGCUCUGUUGCUCAUAUUCCUCUCCUUACUCAGUUACUAAGCAUUAUCGAGCUUAAGAGCUCUCUCUCUGUAUCUCUAUUCAGAUGUGUUAAUUUGUUUUGCAUGGACACUGAUCGGCCUGAACCGUUCAGCUAGUACACGAGAACAUCGCUGACCACUUGAUGGCAUUUUGCUGCACUCUUACUUUUUCACCAUGUUACACCGUCCAUCAAAUUAAGUACAGGAAAAUGUUUUCAGCACUAUGAGGUGUACAGAUUGAGACUUUCACUAACCGCUGAUGCGUGUUCACCUCAAAGACUCUCAAGAGUUGAAGGAUAAAAUGAAAAGACGAUCCGCCUGUACUGUACUGGAAGUUGAAGCGAGCCUUGUCAUAAAAGAGCUAUGUGUGUUUGGAACUGUGUGUACUGUAUUUCUGUGUACAUAUAUAAAUAUAUCUACUCUAUUGUGCACUAUGCCAUUUAUCGUGGAUGUUGUAUAACUGAAGUCAAUCGAAACUGUAGUUGUUGCAAUAAACUGGAAUUUCAGUUAGUGGGAUGGGCUCAAAAAAGUGUCCUAUUUAUCUGUAAUACAGUAUUUGAGUAUAUUCAAGUAUGCCUUAAAAUAAAGCAAUGACUGGCUCGUCACUGAA